AUGAUGAAUCAAAUGCAUGAAGUACACGAAGGUUCAAGUGACAAGGAAGAGGAAAAGCAUCAAGAACGAGAUUUGGUUGAAGCAUAUGUAGCCGAACACGCGCUUGAAUCAACUUUGAACGACGUCAUAAACCAAAUGAUAAUCACCCGACCAAAAGAUCCAAUCCUUAUGCUUUCCUCGCUUCUUUACGAACGGGCAACAUCCAAGCGUGGCAUUACCUUCGUGCAAGUAAAUGAAGUUAUGGAUGCUGUAGGAAAGCCUUCCAUAUUAGUGCGAUUGCAUACGGGUAAAGGAGUCUUUAAAGGAUGCUGCUCAGCUGAAGCAGGAGGUAUCACGGAUUGUGAAUAUCACACUGAUAUUCAAGAUGAUAGUGACAUUUCUAUCAGUAAAAUGCGCUAUAAUGGACGAGGGUAUGUAAAAAUUGCGGCUAGCGCGCAGAAGACACUGACAGAAAAGCUGAUGGGUAAGGAGCCAACGGAUCAGAAUGCUCUCGAUAAGAUUUUACAGGAUUUAGAGACGACAUUGGGUCGCAACGUGUGUUUAGCGACUUCGCUAGCACUUUGUCGAGCUGGUGCAAAGUAUGCUGAUCUAUCGCUUUGUGACUUCGUGUCCAGGCUACAAGAACUUUUGCCCGAGAAUCAAUGUCUUCCGAUGCCGAUCUUUAGUGUUGUAAACGGUGGCGCAUUACAGAUUGCUUUCGAGUUUCACGAAGCUUUAAAAGCCCACUUUGACAUUCACGGUGUUGGCUUUACUAAUCACGGAGCGUUUGGUGGGUUAACGCCACAGUUUCAAAGUCUUCACGAUCUUUUUGUCAUGAUUCAUGCUGCCGUUGACGACGUUCGUAUUCGUUUUAAAGACUUGAACGAACAUACAAUUUCGUCAUUAAGCGUCUCACCUUUGCGUAUAGAUUUUGGUGUUGAUUUCGCAGCAUCCGAGUUUGCGGCGUCUGCAACAACCCAAAAUCCGGCUAGCAGCGAGUCAUUUACGUACAAUACGGAUCGGUGGGUGCCUGGAAGUAGUGGGAAUUUCAAAAGUAGCGAAGAGUUGCUGGACAUCAUUCGCGAUAACAUUAAGGAAUUUCAGCUAGCGAUGGUCGUGGAUCCGUUUGAUGCUGGCGAUGUCAAGAGCUUUACUACCUUGCACAGCACUUUAAAUGACGCGGAACGUACUACUGUUGCCUCAGAAAAUAUUGGUAUUGAUGGAGUGGUAGACGGAGUGAACGAAGUCGCUGGUCUCGGAGGUGAUGCCCGUUGUUGCCUUCAGAUUGUGGGUCGAGCUGUCGUAGAACGGCACGGAUUGACAGCAACAAGUGACGAGCGCGCAUGUAACACGGUCCUCUUUGUGCCUCACCAGUUCCCGACAGUAUCCCAACUUUUGCAAGCCAUCACGACCGCCCACAAUCUUGGUCUGGUCGUGAUCUUAGGAGCUUCUGCUGGGCAGUUCGGAGACGCUGAUGUUCUUGUGGCACUUGCCAUAGGCGCUGGAAUUGGUCAAGUCAAGUUUGGUGGUGUGCUUGGAGCUGAGUCUCAGGAUCGAUACCAAAAGCUUCUAAUCGAGAGUUUAGAGCCUGAAGCACCGCCUUAUGUAGGUGCUGCUGCCUACCGUCGUUGA